GGAGGAUUCACUGAAACAUGGAGCGCUGGAGGUUUUUAAUACUGUUGCAGCUGUUCGCCCUGUGUUUGGUUCCCGCGUCAGCUAACGGUCAACAGUGGAAAGAAAUCAGAGACACGAUUUCUAAAGCCGUUAAAGGGCACACCCCGUGCAACCCUGUCAACUGUAGCUGCCAUUUAAGAGUCCUGCAGGAUGACUUGCGGCCCUUCAGAGGAAGACUCUCUGAAGACGUCAUGGCCGCGACUGUCCAGAGGGGGGUGGGCACCCACUACCAGGUCAUCGGACACAAGUUGUACAGGGAACACAACUGCAUGUUCCCCGCCAGGUGCAGCGGGGUGGAGCACUUCAUCCUGGAGGUGAUUGACAGGUUACCCGACUUGGAGAUGGUGGUCAACGUGAGGGAUUACCCUCAAGUCCCCAGCUGGGUGCAGCCCACCCUGCCCGUCUUCUCCUUCAGUAAGACGGCGGACUACCAGGACAUCAUGUACCCCGCGUGGACGUUCUGGGAGGGAGGGCCCGCCGUGUGGCCCAUAUACCCCACUGGACUGGGAAGGUGGGACCUGAUGAGGGAUGACCUCAAAAAAUCUGCCGCACAGUGGCCAUGGAAGAAGAAAGAGUUCAAAGGGUUCUUCAGAGGCUCCAGGUGAGGCCUGUGUUUAUUACGCAACNNNGCUCCGGAGCUGGUGGACGCCGAGUACACGAAGAACCAGGCCUGGAAGUCAGAGAAGGACACACUCGGGAGACCCCCAGCCAAAGAGAUCCCACUGGUCGACCACUGCAGAUACAAGUAUCUGUUCAACUUCCGCGGCGUGGCAGCCAGCUUCCGCCUCAAGCAUCUCUUCCUCUGCGGCUCCCUGGUGUUCCACGUGGGCGACGAGUGGCAGGAGUUCUUCUACCCUCAGCUGCAGCCCUGGGUCCACUACAUCCCGGUGAAGCAGGACCUCUCUGACGUCAGGGAGCUGCUGCAGUUCGUCCGAGAGAACGACGCCGUCGCGCAAGAGAUUGCCACGAGGGGUAAAGAAUUCAUCCUGGACCGCCUGCGGAUGCAAGACGUCUCCUGCUACUGGGAGAGACUCCUCACCGAGUUCAGCCGUCUUCUCUCCUACAAACCCACGAGGAAGGAAAACUACAACCAGAUUGUCCACAGACCCGGCAGGACGGAGCUGUAGGGGGUGGGGGAGACUCUACGGGACCAGGGCAGCUGUAGCAAAGGGGAAACUCCGGUAAUGAACAUCAUCAUUUGUCAAUAUUUGCUUUGUCAAAGCUGUAGUUUAGUACGUUGACUGUGGACGCUGCCAUACCUCCAGGUGCCACUAGGGGGCUUAUAUGCCAAUUCUGAGUCGGUGAUUACUUUCUGGUUCAACUCGUUGAUUUGCUUCUAGAAAUAGACCCUGUCUUUACUGCGUCAAUCGGUACUCACCCGUGUGUUUACUCAUGAGUACUGCUCAGCCUGGGACCACGGUUGUGUUCUGUUUUUCGGGGGUCUGGAGGUGGAGGAAAAUGACCCUGGUGGGUGUCACAGUGAAGUCAUCAGGGCUAUUUGGGUUUAUGCUUGGUGAUUGCACUUUUUUCUUUUUUUUUCAAGUCUGUGCAUAAACUUUGUGUGCGGCAGAUGUCUAUUGAAACAUCAUCUGUCCACCAAGUUAUUAUGGGAAGCGCAGAAUCCUGAGUUUUUGGAGCUUGACCCAAACUAAAGUCCCCCAACUUCAUGGAAAUGCCAAACAACUAAAUGGCUGACGUGACUCCUUUAACGUACAAUGUGAAGACAUGGUUGUGUCUUGUGAAUCACAUCUGCACAGGGCUUCAGACAAAUGUUCAUGAAAAUCAAACAACUUGCAGAAAGAUGUUCAAAAAUCUAACUUAUAUUUGAGCAUUAACGCAUAAAGAAGUUCAGUGCCUUCAGAACCUGCCGGCCGCUCGCCGAAACCCAAUGAAAAUAUCCCCUUAAACUCUUGAUUUUCAAUACAUGAAGUGUGAUGUGAAACGUGUGCCAAUAAUAAUAGUAAUAAUAGUUGCGGGUACCAUGCUGUUACAUAUUUAACCCAGUCAAUUAUAUUUCCUGGAAACUCAAAAGAUGUGCUGCUUUCUUUUGCAAUUUUUUUAUCUGGCCUUUUUUUAAAUGUAGAAAUACAUAUAGUUUGUAUUCUACCCGGCAACCGUUGAUCUGACAGUCCACUUCCAACCUAGUCCAUAUACAUACACAUAAAGUGGACACAACAGAUACUUUGUUGGAUUGCAUGUUAAGUACAUCUGUUGUUGACGGGGAGCCACUGCCCUCUGCUGGACAACCGAGGGAACUACAACAACACAUCCAUCCUGUUGAGUUUACUUGUUUGUUGCUAGUGUGUCUGCAAGUAGAGUUCUGCCAUAUGUCUAAUAGCUACAUCUGAAUACCUUCACAAAGUGCCAACAGUAAGCAAUAAUGACAACAAGUAAAUAGUUGUAAUUUGUAGUUUCCAAGAAACACUUAAAUGUUUUUUCACCUUUUGAAAAAAGUGUCUUGUUAAGAGAUGCGAGAUAGCCGAUGCAAGACGAUGUUGGAUAUGUUGUAGUAUUCACAUUGUACUGUGAACAUGCAGAUUGGUUAUUUCUCACACUAUCGUUGAGAACUGGUAAACGUGGUCCAUGUGUGUGUUUUGACUAAAAUGUGAUGAAGUCAAAGUACCAUCCAAGUUUAUGUUGUGGCUCGUGCUGCAUUUUAUGUUUUUAUGCCAAUAAACAUUUUUUUUUUUUCC